AUGAGAACUUUAACGUGGUUAGAGGAGAGUGCGGUUAAUGUGRCUUCGAAAAUUGAAGAACAAGCAUUACGAUUAGGAAUAGACAUAGUCAAAGAGAUACAUCUUUUGAGUAUUGCUAAGCAAAGUUUACUUGAACCACUGCCUUCCGAUUGGUAUCCUUGUUUUAUCGAAAAAGAAAAUAAGUAUUUUUACUACAAUGAACAAAGUAAAAUAUCUCAAUGGGAACAUCCUUUAGAUGAAUAUUACAGACAGAUAGUCGAAAAAACUCGUUCAGAAGAUUCGUCAACUGGUCAAGACAUAUCAUUGAACAUAAUUCUAGACGAAGAAAAUUUAGUCGACACAACUAUGUACAACCAUACAAAACAUAGUAACUAUGAAAAAAAGAUGAUUGCUGAAAAACGAACCGUUCGCUUUAAAACUCCUAUUGAAGAAUCAUUAGAUUUUGAUCAUUCCGAAGACAAUAUGAAGUUUUUAGGACCAAUAAAGUUAAACACACCUUUUACAAAUACAUCUUCUACUUUACACAAUUUACCUCAGUUUUCAACAACUAAUACUUUUGAUCAGAGAAAUACAGUUAGUCGAAGUGUACUUUCCAAAUACAAUGUAUUACCAAACAAAGAUGAACUGUCCAGAAAAUCUGAAUUGAGUGAAAUCAUAAAAAAAACAAAUGAUGAUGACCCAUCAAUGAAUUUGGAUUAUAAUACAGGAAAAAACAAUUUAAGAAAAAUUGAUUUAACUUUAACGGAAUCUUCUGAUCGAUCAGAAAGUACUUCAUCUGAAAUUCAAACUGAUAAUUUGAUCAGCGACUAUGAAGGGGCCGAUCAAAAAGAAGAAGAUAAUAUUGUAACAACAGUUCAAUUAAAUAAACACCACGAGAUAAUCGAUACUCUCAAUGAUGAUAAGAAAUCUGCAAUCGACAAUUUCAAUAAAUUUCAAUCCACAGGAACUACAAAACUACAUAAUGUUAAAAAAGAUGAUGUGAUUAGCGACAGUGGAAAUUCUACAGCAAAAGAUUUUAAAAUAAUACAAACAUCAGUAGCUUCCAGUAGUUUUUCUGCGACUAAAAGUAAAAUGGCAGAGAUAACUAAACGAUUUCCACUCAAUCAAUUUUCGAAAGAAACAAAAUUGCUUAAGAGGAAACCAAUAGAAACUGAUGAAGGUAUUUUUAACGUAAAUUCUAAUCGCAUAAAAACUAAAAUGGAGCCGGAAAACAAUUUAGAAGAUGAGAAACCAAUAUUAUUAGAUGAUGCACGUAUUAAAGUUAUAGUUGAAAAGCAUUGUGAUUUGAUGAAAAUUAACUUAGAAGAUACAAUUAAAACAAAUCAAAUCAUCUUAAA